CUAAGAUACCCGGCUUAUCGCUGACAGGGUAGAAGUCGGAAAUAGAAGAGGAUACUGAAUCUUGGAUCGUGCAAUGGAGAAAGGGACUCUGGCUUCCGACGUGGACGUUUCUGUCUCCCGUUGCUUGCUAGCUGAUGCCGGCGAUGAAGAGGCGGUCCCAUAAAUAGGUACAUGAGUGUCGUGGGAAGAGAGGAAGCAGAAGCAGCAGCAAGGCAAAGCACUAAUCAAUUCAACAAGCUCGAUCCGUUCAGCCCGUUCAGCCUUUCACAAUGCCAGACUGCCUGCAAGUCGCUGUCAUCGGAGCAGGUCUCGGUGGCCUCUCUGCGGCGGUGGCCCUGCGCCGUCAAGGCCACCAUGUCACCGUGUACGAACGGUACGAUUUCGCCGGCGAAGUAGGCGCAUCGCUCAGCGCUGCGUCUAACGGGUCUCGGUUCCUUGAGCAAUGGGGGGUGGAUGUGAAGGGUGCGAAGCCGGUAAUCCUGAAAAAACUGAUUAUGCACGACUGGGAAACAGGCGCGGUCAAGAAUACAUACGGACUGGGCGACUACAAGGCCAAAUUCGGGACGGACUACAACAACUUCCACCGCAUCGACAUCCACAAGCAACUCCUCAAAUCCGCCUUUGAAGAAGCAGGCGGAGGACCAGCAGGCGUUCUCAAGGUGAACCACAAAGCCAUCGACAUGGAUCCCGUAGCAGGGACGAUCCGCUUCGAGAACGGCGAGACGGCGACGGCGGAUCUCAUUGUCGCUGCGGACGGAAUCAGAUCCCUCAGCAGAGGCUUCAUGGGCAUAGCCCCCGACUUCAAAAUGUCCACAUCCUGCUGCUACCGCUGCAUCAUCGGCGCAGACAAGCUGCGCUCCCUCGACCUCUCCGACUAUAUCGACAAUGAAGCAAUCGAGUACUGGGGCGGCUUUGGAAUCGAAAAGAUUGUCAUGUCGCCCUGCAGCAAUGGCGAGGUGGUGAGCUGCUACUGUUUCUACCCUGCGUCGCAUAAUAACCUGCGUGAGGACGGGUGGAAUAUCUCUGCUACGCCGCAGCAGUUGGUUGAGACGUUCCCGGGGCUGGAUGCGAGGAUGAAGACGCUUAUGCUGAAUGCAGAGGACAUCAAGAUGUGGAGACGUGUGUUCUUUUUCGCCUUUUCUUCAUCUCCUGGGUGCUGGUGAUGCUCACGCGAACUGUUUCUUUAGUUUACGUCCACCAGCCAUAUCCAUAUUGGGUAAAAGGGAAGGCUUGUCUGCUCGGUGAUGCAGGUUCGUGACCGUCUUCUCUACACGAUUACACCGUAAACAACAACGCUAACUAAGGACAAGCACACCCCAUGAUGCCCGACCAGUCGCAAGGAUCGUGCAUGGCUUUCGAGGACGCCGGCGCCCUCGGCUACAUCUUCCACAAGGGUUUCCAGAAGCAGUACAGCGUUGCAAAGGGGCUCGAAUUGUACGAGAAGCUACGGAAGCCCCGUGCAACCCGCAUCCAGAGCGCAAGCUACCGGGCUCGAGAGAAUCUGAGUGAGCGGAUAGGUUGGAGCUCGUCGACUGACCGGCCCGGGAAGUUGACGAUCGAGGAGGUUUGCGGGUAUGAUAUGCAGGCGCAUUUGAAGGAGCUUUUGGAGGCUGGGAGCAGUUGAGAGUGAAUUUGGGG